GUUGCAUGCGUUGUAGUUUUCUCACGUUCUCCACUCUUCUCAGUGCAUAUGAAGCAACGUGUGCGGGGUCCUCAUACCUCGUGUGACGCAUGAGGUGAACAAGUUGACACACCGCGCUUCUGGCCAUAUUUAGAGAUCGAUAUUCUAACUGUAACCUUGGAACUCGACGAGCUGGAACCGACUUUUCUUCGAUGGCUCACCGUACUAACGUUUAGGAUCAAGACAUGGCUUUUGACGAAGAUGCAGCACGAAUCCAUGAACCUCAUGCUGCGUCAGCGGCACUAGGCAUAUCUGGGUCUGACUAUGCUGCUCGCACUCAAUGUUUGAUCAUGUUGAUCACUGACUUACGAGCCCUUGGUGCUCAGGCAGACUUCAAUCUACCCCGAAUUGCCGUCAUAGGCAACCAGAGUGUGGGAAAGAGCUCUUUGGUUGAAGCAAUAAGCGGCAUCACACUUCCACGAGCUAGCGGGACUUGCACGAGGAAAGCCAAGUUUCCACUUUCAGCACCAUUCGGAGACUGAUUUUGGCUAGGUGUCCAAUGGAGUG